CACCAAACGUGUCAGUUGCACGUCACUCUAAAACUCUAUUCUGUUUUGUCUUUACUGUUCUAGACGAGACGAAAAAGAAGCUGCUGCAAGAAGAUCCAGACCUACACUCCUUCGGUCUUCCUUCUGCUGCUGCUGACGCCUCCGCCUCGUCCCGCACUGACCGGCUUCUACCUUACUAUACCAUACCACACCUUAUCCAUAUUGACAAUACCUUCAAUCAUCCUUCUUCUUCAUUCUUCUUUUUUAAUCUCUUCAUGUCCAUGUGCCGCGCGAACGACUCUGCGCUGCUGUCCUCCGCGAGGUCAUGGAGGUUGUAAUUCCACCCAGAGAUCAUGGGCCGUCCUACAGAUAUGUAUGGGACGAUGAUGGACAGGUCGAGAGGAUAGAAAGAGUUCGCUUUCAAGAAAACAAUGAACAGAGAGAUAGUACAGUGAGCAGGCAAACGGUGCAAUGGCCUUUUCUCCGUCACCAGAGCUCCGCUUCCGAUGUCGCCUCGUCGAGGCCUUUUACUGGCUUCACGGGGAGCUUCCCGGACCCGCAGAGUUUUCCCCCAAAAGAAGCGAAAGAACCGACACGAAGAGCGACGUGGGCGCCGGGGAAGCGAAAUUCGACGGCCACGAUUCUGGAAAAUAUCGUACCGGACUACAUCAUCAACUACAUCCGAGGAGAGACGCCCGAGACCAUGGCACAGCGGAGAGAGGAACGCAAGAGGCAGACGGAGAGCCCAGACACGUUGGAGGCACAGGCCGCCGCGGCGAAUCACGCGGCGGCGCAAGGAUUUUACGACGAGGCGACCACGGAUCGACCGUCGACGGGCGAGAAUGAGAUUGGGGACCUCGAACGGAUGCUGCCGCCGCCAGAUGAGAAGCGCGGAGGCGGAGGAACCUUUAGUAGGAUGAAGUCGGGUUGGAGGGCCGGCAUCGCGUUGAACAUCAUCAUCGGCUUCGCCAUUCUCAUCGUCGCCAUCGUGUGCCUCGUACUCGCGCUCGUCGUCGUCGGCAUGAUCAGGGGCGAGAGCCUAAUCUUCAAGGGCUCCUGCGCGACGGCCGAACAGCUCAAGGUCGGGCUUUUUGUCGCCAUCAACGUCAUCACCAUUGUGCUGCUAUCGGCGGCCAACUACGUCUUCCAGGUCCUGAGCAGUCCCACGCGCAUCGAGAUUGAGAUGGCGCACGACGGGAGGCGGUGGCUCGACCUCGGGAUCCCUUCUUUUAGAAACCUGCGUUUCGUCUCGAAACCGCGGGUUGUCAUGACGGCCAUCAUUAUGCUGGCGGCCGUCAGUACUCAAGUAAUUUAUAAUGCCGUAAUAUUCUCGACACAACCUGGCUACGCCCACCAGGUCGUCUUCGUCACACAAGAGUUCCUCGCCUCGGGCCAGUUCAGCAACGCCUCAGAAACCAACGCCGGCGGUCUCUCGAGGGGCGACAUCCUCGACCUCCAAGACCUGGCGUCCCGGAGCCAGCUCACCAACUUCACAAACGCCGAGUGCGCAGGGGAAUUCGGCGGCGUCUAUCAAAGCGACUUCACCGCCGUGGUCCUCGUAACGGACGUCAUCGCCCCGAGCAACGCCCUCGUCCAGACCCAAAAAUCCGGAUCCUCCCUCGCACCCUUCAUCGUCAACCGCUCCGACCCUGCGCAGAUCAAGAUCAACAGCUCCUCGGUCGACUACUGCCUCGCCCGCCCCGAGGACCGCAACCCCUGCACCGUCGUCCUCAACGGCUCCCUCCUCGGCGUCAUCGCCAUCCUCAACCUCGUCUCCGUCUCCGCCAUCGGCGCCGUCUACUUCUUCACCGGCUUCGAGCCCCUCGUCACCCUCGGCGACGCCCUCGCCUCCUUCAUCUCCCAGCCCGACCGCACCACCCGCGGCAUCUGCCUCCUCGACAAGACGGACGUCAAGCAAGGCCGCUGGGGCUACCCCGAGGCCAAAUACUGGACCUCCCGAGACCACUUCUGGUUCCAGACUCCCGGCCUGACCCUCUGGACCUUAUGGCUCCUCACCUGGGCCACGCCAGCAGGUCUCGCCGCCGCCGCCCUCGGCGUCUCCCUCGGCAAAGGCCCGUCCUCCUCCCUCGGCGCCUUCGGCAGCGCCCUCCCCCACGAGCUCUACCCCCUCCCCAACGGCGGCGCCCGCGCCGGCGUAGCCAUCGUCGCCGCCCUCCCCCACCUCCUCCUCGCAGCCCUCUACCUCUCCACAAACGCCCUCCUCUCCUCCUACUACCUCUCCCACGAACUAAGCCAGUACGCCCUGCCCGGCAUCUCCCUCCCCCUCCGCGUCAGCUCCGGCCGGCCCCGCGGCACCCAAACAACAAGCCUCUACCUCACCCUCCCCCGCCCGCUAUCCUGGCUCCUCCUCGCCCUCUUCGCGGCCCUAGGCCUCGUCCUCAGCAACGCCGUGCCCAUGGUCUCGGUCGACAUGCGGCCCGCCACCCGCGACGAAAAGUUCCCCAUGCCUAUUAAUGGCAUCGGCUUCAGCGGCGUCGGCCUGCUCGCGUUCCUGGCGCUCAUGGUCGUCGUCGCGGCGCUGGUGCUGGGCCUGGGUCUCCGGCGCGCGGACCCGUCGCCCACGAGCGUCGACGGGGAGAAGGCGGGGAACCCGCUCGUGCUGCAGGGCGGGGGCUGCUCUGCUGUGAUUACCUCGCGGUGUCACCGCCCGCCGAGCGACGUGAGCGCCGCGUAUAAGAAUGUUGCGUGGGGUGUCGUUGACCAGGAUUUCGAGACGACGUUUGGGCAUGCUACGUUUUCGAGUCAGGCUGUGAGCGUCUUGGAUCCUGCCAAGGGGUAUGCUUGAUUUUUGGUUUGCCAAUGUAUGCAUCUUGUUUUUUCUCUCUUUCAUUCCCCGUUCAGUUGUACAUGUUUCUUGUUUUGGGCAUCUACAGUACCCCCUCAUUGCUUCGUGUAAAUUGGGGGGUUACGUUGUGUGCUCUUUGGUCACGCCGGUUUCUUGUUUUCGAAAAGUUCUGCAUCUGGGAAAGGCAUUUUGAUGGUGUUAAUUGGGGAAGUGUGUACUAUUGUUUUUAUGGAGAAAAUGAGGGAAUGUAUAGAGAUGGGAAAACGAAAUCGGUGAUGAUGGUGGCAUCAUCUUCGGCCAAAUGGACGGCACGGGACGGAACGGGACGGAACGGGACGGACGUAGGGGAACGGUUAUUGUAGUACGUUUAUACCCUAGUGUUUUGCUUUAGCUGGUCAGGGACAAUUAGGGACGAGAAAUACAGCAGAUUAUGAAGCCUCUGGAUGAGGCUUGAAUUGAAA